UUCGCUACGCUAUUACGGUGAGUGCUUCGGUGGUGGGCGGAGUGGAGGAGGGUAGGGGAAGUGUGGAGCCAGUACUUCGAGAUGAAUUUUUGCGUCUCUGCAUGAACGUCACCACGGUGUUGUGCUGUCGCAUGACACCACUGCAGAAGGCGGCCGUGGUGCGUCUGGUGAGUCAUGGCCUCGACGGUGUCGGUGGUGGUGGUCGUCCAGUCACAGCGGCCGUCGGUGAUGGCGGCAACGACGUGGCGAUGCUA